GCGGAGAAUUUGACGUUUGGGAGGAUAUAUCUGCAGAUUGCCUGAAUGCAUUUAUCUUAUAUGAUCUGGUGAAAGCUUGUAAGAAGUAUAGUAAUAUAGGAGAAUGUUUUUGGUUGAUUGAUAAGGACUUAGAUUUUAAUCAUGGGUUAAGGAGUUGUACAACUGAUGGAGAUAUAUUACACUUAGUUAGGGAUGCUUUUGAAAAUGAGAAUGAGAUAAAUGUUUAUUUUCAUCAUGAAGUAGAUCCAAUUUUAGAAGAAGUCCCACAAAUGUUGUACUUGGAAUGUUAUCCAAUUCGAAAAGCUGUUGAGAAUGAGGAUGAUUUAGAUGAUGUACCUGUUGCUGGCCAUGAGGAAGAUGUUGGUGCUGGAGAGCAGACAGAUGCUGGUGAGCAGAUGGAUGCUGGUAAGCAGAGGGAUGGUGGUGAGCAGAGGGAUACUGAUGCUGGUGAGCAAAGAGAUGGUAGUGAGCAGAGGGAUACUGAUGCUGGUGAGCAAAGAGAUGGUAGUGAGCAGAGGGAUGCUGAAGCUGGUGAGGAGAGAGAUGCUGAUGGUGAAGAGAGAGAUGUUGCUGAUAGUGAGGAGGAAAGGGAAGUUGACAGUGAUGAGACAGAUGCUGAGUGGUUUAUAAAUUUCUCUUGUAUGUUGAAUGAAGUUGAAGCUGAAGUUGAGACAGAUGGUUAUCAUUCAGAGGAGCUUAAUAUCCCCAUUAGUAGUGAUGAUGAAGAUGAGGAUGUUGAAGUUUAUCCUCAAUAUAGUCAAAGUAGUGGAGUUGGUGAACAGAAGUUGGAAUUAGGGAUGGAGUUUGGUACUCUAGAUGAAUUUAAAUCUGCCUUGAGGGAGUAUAGCAUAUUGAUGGGCAGGGAGUUCAAGUGGAAGAAGAAUGAUAAACAGAGGGCUAGAGCAAAAUGCAAGAAGGCAUUUUGUGAUUGGGAAAUCUACUGUGCAAAGAAUGAAGUUAGAAACUCUUUUCAGAUAAAGACAUUUAAGCAUAACCAUAAUUGCUGCAGAGAAGUGAACAACAAACAAGCAAAUAGACAGUGGGUGGUCAGUAAACUUGAGGGCAAACUCAGAAUGCAGCCAACCCUUAAAUGUGUUGAAGCUUUGGAAUAUUUCAAGCAAGAGUUUGGAGUGCACAUUGAAGUUACAAAGAUGUGGAGAGCCAUGAAAGAAGCAAAGCAAUUAGUGGAAGGGAAUGAGAGGAAACAAUAUGCCAAAGUAUUUGAUUAUGCACAUGAAUUGUUGAGGAGCAAUCCUGGAUCAACAGUUAAGAUCAACACAGUGCCAAGUCCAGAAGGUCCACCACAAUUUCAGAGGCUAUAUAUUUGUCUUGCUGGCUGUAAGAAGGGGUUUGUUGCUGGAUGUAGACCAUUCAUAGGUCUAGAUGGAUGUUUCCUAAAGAGUGCAUUUGGAGGAAACUUGCUCUCUGCUGUUGGGCUUGAUGGCAAUAACCACAUCUAUGUUAUUGCUUAUGCUGUUGUGGACAUUGAGAACAAAGACAAUUGGAAAUGGUUUUUAACUUUGUUGCAUGAAGAUCUUGGGGAUUACAUACAGAAUGGGUGGAAUUUCAUGUCAGACAUGCAAAAGGGACUUAUUCCAGCUUUACAGGAAGUCAUGCCUGGUGCACCUCAUAGAUUUUGUGUCUUGCAUCUUUGGAAAAAUUUUACAAAGCAAUGGAAAAGCAAGGAACUUAAAGGAAUUGUGUGGCAAUGUGCAAAAUCCACUACUGUUGCUGAGUUUGAAGGCCAUAUGGCCCAUUUGAAGACAAUCAACUGCCAGGCUUGGGAGUAUUUGAAUAAAUGGCCCAAACAAGCAUGGACAAAAGCCCACUUCAGUACAACACCCAAGGUGGACAAUAUAUGCAACAACACUUGUGAGGUAUUCAAUUCCAGAAUUCUGCAGUAUAGAUGCAAGCCUAUUAUCACAAUGCUUGAAGAAAUUAGAAGUUAUAUCAUGAGAACCAUGGCUGCCCGCAAGGUUAAACUUUCUGGAAAACCUGGACUAUUAUGUCCAGUGCAGUAUAAAAGACUAGAAAAAGAAUUCCAUUUUGCUAAUCAAUGGACUCCCAUUUGGUGUGGUGAUAACAUGGGCCUGAGAUAUGAGGUCCACAUGUGGGGGAAUAAGGUUGAGGUCAAUUUAGGUGAAUGGACAUGCACUUGUGGAGUAUGGCAACUAACAGGGAUGCCAUGCCGACAUGCCAUUGCAACAAUAACUCACAAAGGAGGGAAGCCUGAGGACAUGUGUCAUGAGUGGCUGUCAAUAGAAGCUUAUAAUAAGACAUACCAGCAUUUUAUUGAACCAAUCCAAGGACCACAAUAUUGGGCCCAGACACAGUAUACACACCCUGUUCCACCACAUAAAAAGGUCCAAAGAGGAAGGCCAAAGAAAAAUAGAAGGAGAUCUGUAGAUGAGGACAAUGUCACAGGACAUAAGCUAAAGAGGAAAUUGGUUGAGUUUACAUGUGGAAGGUGUGGCCAAACCAAUCAUAACAUUAGAAGCUGUAAAAAUAUUGGAUUUCCUGUUAGGCCAAAGAAAUAUGUUGCACCAUCAACUUCCAAUGAGGAUGACCACCUAUUAUCUCAAGAUGAACAAGCUUUGAAUGAGGCUGAAGAAGAUGCUGCUCAUGUUCAACAAGAUCCGGUGGAGAUUAAUUUAUCUCAGCCUCAUUUGUCACAAGAUAGUGACAUGGAGGUCCCUGCAACUAUUGUUCCACCAAUAGCAAGGAAUAAGCUAGCCAUAACAAGAGCCAAAAAAAGGAAGGUUGCUGAUAAAGAUGAUGCAGAAAACUGA